AUGAGUCAAGAUUUUAGUGAGAUUAUUGGCAGACACAUUGUCUACAAAUACGGUGAACUAGGUGUCUAUGAAGCCUACUUUCAAUCUGACCAACUGCUUGUAUACUCCAUCCAUGGUGGCCCUAUGAAAGGUAGAUCCAACUACCAAAAAGCUUACUAUCAAAAGGUGCGCAAUCACAUUUAUAACGUCUCUUGGAUUGAAGAAACUGGCACAAUCGUUACUAUUACAGUGGAUCUAGAGCUGAGGAAGGUGCAUUGCUUUAUCGCUUUUAGUCAAGGACAUUGGGAAAAAAACGAAGAAGCACACGGUGAUAAGAGAAACCCUGCAGAUCUGGAGAGAUGGAGAGCGCUGGCCAGGAUUGGCGAUCACACUACAAGAGUCGUUCAUCUGGAUGAGGCACCUAUCAUCGAUAUCUAUGAUGGACCAGGAGAACUGAAACCAGUGACGAUGGAUAUGCCAUUUUUCUAG